GCAAAGGCGAUUGAAGCGACGCGGGAAACAUUUUUGUGGAGUUUUGCUGAUGGGUGAAUUGGGCAAAUUCUUUUAAAAACGGUUGAAACGGUUUUUAAUUCAAUUAAGCCACGUUACGUAGUCAGAUACAGAAACAAGAAAACAAAGGAGGUGUCUUAGUCCCUGAAAUAUAGAGAUCACCCAGAAAAUAUAUCAAGGUGCACAAGGUCAGGAUAAUCGUUAACGCUCAUACAUUGAAGAGAAAAAAAGGGUCUAACAUAAAUGACUUCUUAAUUACUUGGUUUCUUAUUCAUCCAGAAGAACGAUUGUAAAAAGUCUCCGUAUGAUCCAUAUAUAUAUAUAAAUAUAUAUGUAUAUAUUUAUUAACGAGAUAGUUCAAAGCAAAUAUGGACAGAACUUGGAGAAAUAAGCGAGGUUCCUUAAAAUCAUUGGAUGCCAAUAUUACCCUCAUAUCAGAUAGCGAUGACGAGGAUACAACUUCUCACCAUCACUUAGCACCGAUAAUUGAUAGCGAUGAGGAGGAAACUAUAACCCAGCAUCUAUUAAGUCGAAAACGAAUCGAGAGGCCUACUGAUUCUGAUGAAGAUAGUAUUAACAUAUCAAUUAGCAGUAGCGAACCUCGAGUUAGUCGUUCUUUUUCAUUGGAUGACACUGAUAUGAAAAUUGAUAAUAAUAUGUUAAGUCCAAAACCUGGACGCCAACGAAGAAGAAAUGUAAUCUAUGAUUCAACGGAUGAUGAUAGCGAAAAUGAAACAACUUACAAAUCAAUAGAAUCACAUAGUAAAGCUCUUUUAACAAAGGAAACGAAUGUUCUCAGUGAUACAUCAAGUGAAAUCGAUGAAAACGAGAACAGUGUGUCCAGUAAAAACGGAAAAAGUCCCGUUACAUCUUUCCUGGAAGAAUCUGAGGAUAUGGCCAGUCAAGCAGGACUGCAAACACCACCAAUUGAUUCCUAUGAAUCAGACAGUGAUUUUAUAACAAAAAUGAGAACAACACGAAAAUCGUAUACAACACCAACUAGUCCAUACAAAUCAAAUGAUGAUCAUGUGAUGAUAGACAGUACAUUGGGUGCUACAAGUUCAUCAGCAAGUGAUUUUUCUGAAGAAGAACAUAGCAAUGGAAAAGAAGAUAAUGCUACAGCUGAACCACAAACACCACCAACUGACUCCUGUGAAUCAGAACACGAUCGGUUACCGCCUCCUAUUGAUAGCGAAAGCUAUGAAUCCUCUGUUGCUGUGUCUUUAGCAUUGAAAGAGGUUGGCGUCAAAAAUAUUGAUGCCAUAGCAGCUCAAAGAAGCGCUCUUUUAUUAUGUAAUACGCAACAAGUUCGAAAAGAAUUAAAGGACUUGAAGGACACACUGAAUUCCGCGCUUAUUGAAAUGCUUCCCGACAAAGGUGCCAAAUUAAAACAAAGCAUUGCCAAUAAGGAAAAGGAACUCAAAUUACUGAAAAGGCAACUGGAAGAAACUCAUUUAACUCCAUCACAGAAAAAGAAUACAAGAAUGUAUGCUCAGAAUCCGGGACCAUCCAGUUUGAAGUUCGACGUAAUGAUACCGAAAUCCGAAAAGUUCUCUGAUACAAAGGAACACUCGUUUGAUGCAAGCUCAUUUAAAUUAUCACCCAUCGAAAAAUCUGAUAUUAAAUAUGAGAUUGAGGAAUCAAUGGAUUUAAGAUCACGUGAAAAUUCACGGGAAAGACUAAACUCACCUUUAGGGAAGCCGCUGGGAAGAAAGGCCCAAGAGACCCACGACCGUGAGCUGGCGUUAACGGUUGAACGUAUAAAAGAUUUACACGACUCGUUGGUUGCUCGUCCUACCGAGGACCAAAAAGCUAACGAUCCAAAUGGACUAACCGUUCCUUUAAUGGCACAUCAGCAACAUGCACUCGCCUGGUUACUUUGGAGGGAAAGCCAGAUACCAGCAGGUGGAGUAUUAGCUGAUGAUAUGGGAUUAGGAAAGACGUUGACCAUGAUUUCGUUAAUAAUGACGACCCAGGAUCAGGACAACAGUAACAAUAAAGAGAAUUACUUUUUUUCAGCACAAAAACGACCGCACAUUAACGGUGGUACUCUUGUUGUCUGCCCAGCGUCUUUACUGUCGCAAUGGGAGAACGAAAUUUUAAAUCGAUGCAAACCUGGAAUAUUAUCCGUGCAGAUUUUUCAUGGCACUAAUCGUAAAAACGAACCAUUAAAACUGGCCAAAUUCGACGUUGUAAUCACGACUUACAAUCUGCUCUCUCGUGAAUUUAAAAAAUCUUCGCCUCUCUACAAGAUCAACUGGAAACGAGUUAUACUCGAUGAGGCCCAUGUUGUGAGAAAUCCUAAAAGUCAAGUAUCCGAGGCUGUAUGCGGAUUGAUGGCAGAUAAACGGUGGGCUCUGACUGGAACGCCAAUUCAGAAUAAGGAACUGGAUCUUUAUGCAAUUUUAAAGUUCCUAAAGUGUUCACCAUUUGACGAUCUGCGCGUUUGGAAAAGAUGGGUGGACAACAAAAGCAUUUCCGGCCACGAUAGAUUGGCUACCUUGAUGAAGACUCUAAUGCUCCGGCGAACAAAACAAGAAUUACAAGAUAAGGGAGACCUAAAGUCAUUACCGGUCAAAUAUAUCGAAGAAAUUGAAAUCAAACUUGACCCGGAUGAGCAACUUGUCUAUGAGAAAAUAUUAAUAUACUCUCGCACACUGUUCGCGCAGUUUUUAGCGCAACGUGCAGAAAAAAACCAUAUGAGGCAAAUGUAUGACAACUACCUGUCCUCGGGCUAUCGCGGUGAUAAAAAUGCGCAUUUCACAAAAGCACAAAAACAGCUGCUCGCUUAUCACGCAGACGUUAAAACCCACGAAAUUCUGGUCCUACUUUUGAGACUACGACAAGUGUGCUGUCAUCCUCCACUUGUUCAUGCGAUGCUAGACCAGACGGAUGUGGAACAAAAUUCUUUCACAGAUGAAGGUCCCGACACGGAUUUGUUGAACAAAAUAAAUCAAAUCAAGCUUGACGAAUCAUUUAAAGACAUCGACGACCUAGACGAUCUAGACAUGGGUGUCAAUGAAAGAGUCAAGGAAGAUUUGCUCAACUCUCAAAAUCCUGUGUUUCGUGAUGAACGGCAGAGUGCUAAGAUGAGAGCGCUACUGGAGAAAAUACAGGAAAUUUUAUUAACGGACGAUAAAAUUAUUGUAAUCUCUCAAUGGACCAGUUUACUUAAGGUAAUCGCAUUUCAUCUAAACUCCAUAAAAGGUGCAACGUACAAUACCUUCUCCGGUGACGUUCCUGUUAAAAAUCGCCAAGCUAUUGUGAACUCGUUCAAUGAUCCGGAUAGUGACCCAAGGAUUUUGCUUUUGUCAUUGACUGCUGGCGGGGUAGGGCUAAACCUUGUAGGCGGAAAUCAUUUACUGUUCUUUGAUAUCCAUUGGAACCCUCAGUUAGAAACUCAAGCACAAGAUAGAAUAUAUCGUUUUGGACAAACGAAAGAUGUUCGCAUAUAUAAAUACAUCACUAAGAACACCAUUGAAGAGCGAAUCAAACUUUUACAAGAAAGGAAACUACAAUUGGCUGAAGGAGUUUUGGGCGGAGUUCGUAGCACAGGUGGAGCAAAAUUAACAUUGGAAGACCUAAAAUCCCUCUUUCAAAUGUAAUAAACUUAAUUCUUUGGAUUACUGCCAAAAGUUUUUUUUAUGCUACCACUCUGCACUUUUUUUAUACUAUUGGUCUGAACUUCUUUUUUUAAACAGGGACUGUCUAAAGGUUUUAUCUAAUAAUAAAUAUAAAUGAUUUUUAAUUCUUACGGAAGUAUUGUAGUACAAGUCACGUGUAUAUACACUGCAUUUAUCUUAAUCGGGAAGGAAUAUUUAUGUUUUUUGUUACAUGAUUUGUUAAUUUUGUUCUCGCGUGUAUGUUACGCUAUAAGAAACCGAUAGAUAAAAAAAAGAAUUAAAAUCAUUAGAACAAAAUGUGGAAAAAUUUGUACAACUAGAUGUAAAUGUACAGAGACAAAAAUAUAUAUUUUGUUAUGA